CCAUGUCUCUCUGUCCAUUUCUGUGCCUUUGGUGGAGCGUAGGAGGAUUUCUGGGUAUGGGAGUGUGCCCAUGUCGCCUCCGGAGAAGGAGUUGAAGAGGAUGGCACCUGUGCAGAGGAUCGUGAGGUCGAAUUCCUACACAUUGGAGACUCCAAGUCCGCAUCUUGCUGACCUGCUGAAGAAGAGUUCAGCAAGAAGAAACUGAAAAAGCAACAGAGAUUUAAGGAAUUGGAAGCUGAGCGUGAGACGGAGAAGAACAAAUGGUUGGCUUUUACGACAAAAAGCGCCAUUUGGAUGCAUGUAUACGUGAGAAAAAUGUUGAUAUCAAGCGAUCACGGGAGCUACAAGGUUUCUUAGACAAUAUUAAGAGAGGUCAAGAACAAGUACUUGGGGAUCUAUCAAUGACCUUAUGUGAUCCCUAUUCCAUCAACUUCUUAGCAACAUCUGCAAUCAAAAUUCUACAGCACCUUAUUAACAAUGAGGGUUUGGCCAGAGAUAAUACCAUUUUAAUUCUCUUACUGAGAAUCCUUGCCCUAGGACUUAGUGCAUGGGUCAUGAUCGAUUCCCAGGAAUUUAAGGAGCCAAAAUUAGAUAGCCAGGUUGUGACAAAAUUCUUACCAGCUCUCAUGUCUCUGAUAGUGGAUGAUCAGGUACGACAUUUAACAGCUCGUCUUCCCCCAGACGAGCGCGAAAGUGCUAUUACAACAAUUGAACACUCUGGUCCAGCUCCAGAUGCUGUGGAAGCGUAUAUACAAGAGAGUACAGUGGCAUCUAUAUUAGGAUGAUCGAGCAUAUGAAGAUCCCUUUCUUCAUUCUCUUAUUGCCCUACUAAUUCCAAUGGCUGA